GCAGCCUCAUUAACAUAAAAUAUGCACGCGUCAUGUGACGUCAGAGCACAGCUUAAUAUAUUACCCACACUGCAGCCAAAAUAGAAUCAUUCUCUGACUGCGUUUCUCUGAAACCGUAUCGUAGGCUCUAACCACUUAGCUGCCUUAAGCGCCUCGUAGUACGAAAACAUUAGUAAUCUUAACUACUGAAAGACCACAUCCAAUCGCAAACGUGGCGAGAAGUAUUAUUCAAACGGGUCUUGUCCUGAAUAUGAGUACGGAGAUGCUCAAAACACCAAUGGAAGUGGCUGUGUACCAGCUGCAUAACUUUUCGAUUUCAUUCUUUUCCUCGUUAUUGGGGGGAGAUGUUGUAUCCGUCAAACUUGACAACAGUGCCUCAGGUGCUAGCGUUGUGGCGAUUGACAACAAGAUUGAACAAGCAAUGGAUCUUGUAAAGAACCACUUGAUGUAUGCUGUUCGAGAGGAGGUAGAGAUCCUCAAAGAGCAGAUCAAAGAGCUGGCGGAGAAGAACAACCAGCUCGAGCGUGAGAACAGCCUACUGAAGAACCUGGCCAGCCCCGAGCAGCUGGAGAAGUUCCAGUCGCGGCUGCCCUCGGAGGCCCUGCUUCCCCUGGACAUCCAGGAUGGGAAUAACCCCGAGCCUAUGGGCCAGUACAGCACUGGCUCUGCUGUGUAAGUGGCUCUGCCUAGGGGCGGGCAGAGCCACUGCCUCACGCGAAAUGGACCUCCAGUUAUAUGGUUGUCACAACACGGAAGCUGGUUGUACAGAUGAAACGUGACCUGAAAGCCUAAAAAGACGAUGUUCCAGUCGGCAUAACCUGUUCUGUAAUAUCCGACAAUCUCUUCGGACUAAGGCAGAAAAGAGUUCUCUAGAUGCCUGAGGUUACAUUGGGACAUUAAGAGACCCUCCCCACACACCACCACCUCGCUCCCUAUUUUUGAAAUCCUUUGAAGGGGGUUUAUGUGUGUGUGUGUGUGUGUGUGUGUGUGUGGUGGGGGGGUUUGCCCAGCUUUGCCUUUCUCCCUCUGUCUGGUGAAGACGAGUAGAGGGGGCUUGUGUGUGUGCCAGGGCUGGCCCAGUAAUCCAGAGAUCUGCACCCGGUGCGGAUGCCGCCGCGACACCGUCCAUGGUCCUCGCCAAGCCAAGGACCCGGACGAACCUCCAGAGACGUCCCUCCCGUCUCCCCACAGCCCCACGUGGAGUUUUUUAUAUGUCCGGUCCUGAUGCAAGCAAGGUUUUUUUUUGGGGGGGGGGGGGGGUUCAGACUGACUGUCCACAACCUUCACAGUUUGUAAUGACAGAGUUUUGUUACUAAACUCAAGGACACCAAGAUGCUGUAAAUGAGUACCUGAGAGUCAAGCAGGAGCACUACUCCAAUCAGUGCCUCACUCAGCCGUUGUUUUUUUUUUUUUUUUUAUCAUCAUAACCGUUUGCAAACAUUUGCUUGUAUUCUGUGCAGUUGGGGCUUGCUGCUUAUGGGGGACAAAUACUGCUUUGUUUUGUUUAUUUGAUGAAACUGAACAAAAUUCACUUUAUCAUUAAUAAUUGAUGUAUAAAGCUAUGAUUCAACGGAGAUAGAAAAUCUGUAUACAUUUGCUUAAUUCUGUAAAUUAGUACAUUUUGUGUAAAGUGAAGUGUUUUAUUUGACAUUGCAGAUUUUGAGCUAAACAGCCGAUGGCUGUUGCUGCAGAUGCACUCCCACAAUGAUCUGCCAGACAUUUGCGUUCUGUUGACUACAUGCCAACUUUGUUCCUGGCACAAUGUGUGUAUAUGUAUGUUUGUAUGUAUGUAUGUGUUUGCGUGAGCGCAUGAGUUAACGUAUGAAGAAAACCAUGUUUUCAGAAUGGACCUUGCGUUUUCUAACUACCAAAGACUUGCCUCAUACUCACAAGCCAACCAGGACCAUGUGUUACUUUCACAGGGAGAAGUUUGACCGCAAUAGUUUGGGAAAAUAGAAAAAAAAAAAACGUGGGGUUUUGUUGCUCUAUUGUGUCCAGUGGGAUGGGUGUUCACAAUGAUGUACGGAUACAAAAUGCACACUGCAAUAAACCUUAUGUUUACACUA